CAGCAUUGUCGUUAUUUAUCCCCGUUGGCCGCCCUGAAGCCGGGCCCCGGGGUCAUGAACUCGUUCUCUUUCACGGUUGUCUCAAACCUCCCCACGUCUCCAGCGUCCCUCCCCGACGGCGAGCUUUCAUUCUUUACUGCAGAGUUUUUUACUCUAUCCGCUCUUUUACUACAACCGCCUAUACAGCAUUCGCCUGUCGACCAGUUGCGCUUGAAAACAUACUCGCGUUCACUUCGAAUCUAGGACAUUCAAGGAAGAACAAGCCACCAGAGUAAAACCAUCGUUACGGUUUUAUUUUUUUGCAGUUCACGGAAACAACCACCUACUUCUCUUCUCCAGCACCAACAACACAUCACCCGUCACGAUGCGCUUCAACUCCAUAACCGCCGCGGCCUGCCUCGUCGUCGCCACGAGCGCCUUCAACACUUCGCCUGAAGCCAUCUUUGGCUACAGCAACAUCGAGGCUCGCGCCGACAACAACACCGUCUACGUCCCGACCCAGACCCUUUGCGGUAUGGGUGACAGCUGCGCCCAGGCUUGUGGCGCUUCCUUCGACAUGUGCCCGUCCGGCGAUGAGUCAAUCCACUGCUUCGACAAGGAGAGGCAGAAGUGCUGCCCUGGCGGCAAGGGUGUAUCAUGUGACGCGGGAUUCUUCUGCGCCGACAACGCCAAGGGUGAGCAGAUUUGCUGCCCCGAGGGCAAGCCCCUUGACCAGUGUUCUGGUGCCGUCACUUCUCUGGCUCCGUUCACGCCUACGUCCGCUGCCCCGACCAGCACCGCCGCCGCCGUCACCAAGAACGUGACCAUCGCCACCACCGGCGCUAUUGUCAAGUCCACGGCUCUCCCGUCCGGCACUGCCAAGGCCACAGGUGUCAUCCCCAGCAAGAGUGGUUCUGGUGGCUCUGAUAGUGGUGCUGCCCCUACCGGCGAAUCUUCAGCAUCUCCCGUCCCGGUCGGUGCUGCCAGCGCUGUUGCUCCCGCCGGCAUGGCCGUCCUGGCCUUCGCUGGUCUUGCUGCACUGCUGUAAACUGGAGGAUAGUUGUACCAGGUGAAAGCAGACACAGCUAACCAAAAAGAGUCUCAUCAUCUUCAUCCGGCGCACGCCUGAGGAUUGCCGCUAAGAGGAACUCCGCAGGAUUCACGAUGUGUUACCGAACAAGUACACGUGGGGAAUGAGUUUUUUACGAGACAUGAAAGUCAAAAGGAUAAUCGCGCUGUUUCUGGUUUUUGUCGAGGUUAGGAUACCCCGAGCCUUUGCUCAAGCGAGAUACCCAUGAUGCGCAAGCACAAUAAUCACAACAUAAAACCCCAAUCUAUGACCUGAUCUACCGACAUACCUCUACAUCUUCUAUUCGCCCCCACUAGUCCAGUCACGGAACACAAACCUCUCAUUUGUCACUUUGCGCUGCUUGUUAUAUGUUGGGGGCAUCUGGUCCACUUAUAGGGACAUGCCUGUGCGGUUGGCUUGGCACUCUUAAUGUCGUUUGCCAAACAACAGUUGAUGGGAUGGACCUUAUGGGCCCGGGGAGUUGGUGCGUUUUUUUGCGAUUUUGUUUUGGGACUUGUUCUUCUUCCUUCAACUCUUUUUUUGACCGUCGCUGGCAUUGCCGACGCGGGUCCUUUAUCUUUUGAACCGAGUAACACUUGAUGUGCAUUUUCCGUCGAGCAUCUGGAUUCGUCUGUUAACUUCUUUUUUUGAUAUUCUACUUCACCUGAGGUGUAAAACUUUUUAACUUAGUUUUUAACAAAGAGGGGCGCUGAGAGCUCAUUGCGCAUAAUUUUGUUCCUA